CGUCACUAGAGUGCGCUUCGGGAUGUGAGGAGCACUCGAGCGAGCCUUCUGUGUGUGGCGUGCGUGCCGUCGGAGUGAAGACGAGUGUGCGUGGGCCAGCGUGCUGUGUUCUGUAGCUGCGAGUUGCUUUGUGUGCUUCCAGCUUGUCCAGUAGAGAUGUCCGUUAACGAAAUGUUCAGCAGCAUUCAGGAAUUUCUCAGUGCCGACCACGACGUGAGAGAGGACAUUAGAAAAGUUGUGCAAGUCCUUGAACAAACUGCAAGGGAAAUACUAACUGUGCUUCAGAGUGUCCACCAAGCAACUGGCUUUAAAGACAUACCAAGUAAAUGCUUGAGAGCCCGGGAGCUGUUUCUUACUGUAAGGAAUCAUCUGGGAGACCUGAAGACAAAGUUUCCAGCUGAGCAGUAUUACAGGUUUCAUGAACACUGGAGGUUUGUGUUGCAGCGUCUCGCUUUUCUGGCAGCUUUUGUUGUUUACCUGGAAAGUGAAACAUUAGUGACUCGAGAAGAAGUGGCACAAAUAUUAGGCAUUGAAGUUGAAAGAGAGAAGGGCUUUCAUCUUGAUAUUGAAGAUUAUCUGUCUGGUGUGCUGACUUUGGCAAGCGAGCUGUCUAGACUGGCUGUGAACAGCGUCACUGCUGGAGACUACACCCGGCCACUUCGUAUUUCAAAUUUCAUCAACGAACUUGACUCAGGAUUCCGACUUCUUAAUCUGAAGAACGAUCCCUUGAGAAAGCGCUAUGAUGGCCUCAAGUAUGAUGUGAAGAAGAUUGAAGAGGUGGUCUAUGACCUUUCUAUAAGAGGACUUAGUAAGGUGCAAGAAUCUGAGACAGCGUAUGAAAAAUAGUAACUGUAGAAUGCUGGGCCGUAGUAGCUGAGAUUUAACUGGGUCUUUAACGAUAAGAGGAACGGAUUCCAUCAGCAUUUGAACUAGGAAGGCAGUCUUAAUUUGGGGUGGGAAAUGGUUUCUGAAAGCAUAGCUCAAGGCUAGCAGCUGCUAGUGGGCACUGAAGCAGCGCUCUCAUCACUCACUCACUUUGACUUGUCCAGUAUUUUGUUCAUUCAGGGUCGCACCUUGUGGCUUGAGAUGUGGAGAUUUCAACAGCAACAAAAGCAAAAAGGAAAUGCCUAGCAUUGAUUGAUUGAUUGUUACCUCUUCAAGAGAAAGAUGCCAUUUCAACACAGUCCUUCUGCAAUGAUACAAUACCAAAGUAGGCGUAUGUUUUAUAUUUGCUGCAAUCUGCUUUAAAAGUCAGGUGUAUCUGUAGGAAAUUGAAUUUCAAGCAUAUAGAUUUUACUCCAGACGGUUUUGAUAAGACGUUUCAGAAUUUCAAAAUUGAUUUAAAACGUUUACAAUGUUUUGUGUAUUUAAUGCGUUUAAUGCAACAAUACAUUUGGGACUACGAGGCAAAUCUUGACUAUUAAUUAAUUUAUCCAUAGAUCUCUGGGGAAAUAAAUGCAGACAUUUCUUUGUUAGGUAGGCAGUGGCCGUGUUCUUUAGUUAGAUUUCUUUUGGAGAGACCGAGGUAGGCGACAGUGAGACAACAUUGAAUCUGCAACCUGCAGUCAUACCUCGUGUUAUAGUCCAGUCUCCAGUGGUUACUCGUCAUCCUCGUAUCUCCCACGCUGGUUAUACACACUUGUUACAUGAAUGAUGCUCAAAUUCUUAAUCAUUUGGUGUUUUUUCUUUUUUGAAAGUUCAAUACUUUGCCUUGAUUUUUUUUUUCCUAUGCUGUGUUGUUGAAUUUCUCAAAUUUGACAACUGUUUAGUUAAUGUGAUUUUUUGGCAUUGAGUUUAUUCCUAAAAACAUGUAAUGCGCAGGUCAUUUGUGACAUUUGUCUUUUGUAGUUUAGUAGUGGGAGCGCUUAAUGUAUGCACACUUUCCAUGGGGCUGAAGUUCAUUUCUUAUUCUUUUGAUUCAGGUUUUCAAGGAACUUUGUGUAUUGUACUUCCUUAUUGUAUAGAACCUCUCAGUGAUUUCAUUUAAAAAAAAUUUUCUUCUUUUUAUAGGAUAAGUAUAUCAGUUUUCAAAAUAUGGGUAAAUAAAUGAGCACUGGAGAUAGGAUAUAGAAAUUAAGAGCCAUAGAGUGCUUUCAGAUGUCAUAUUACAGAACAGGUCAAUUGUAGAGAGUGGAUACCUGAAUGCAGACAGACAGCAGGCGACCGUCCUCGGGACACACUAAAAUCUCUGGCUGGGCCUUUGACUUGCUGUCCCGUUGAUUUGAGGGCAUUUAGGCUUCACAUUGCGACUUUGGAUAAGGUAAAGUUAGUGAGACUGGGUUCAUCAGUGGUGAGGGGCAAAUAUAUAUUUGUAAUGAAAAGUUUGUAUGUUUGCAUUGAAUCCUCUGUGGCUGUUUUUAGUUUUUAUUUUUCUGGCACCUGUUAGUAUUGUUGCCCCCUCCUACUUUCUAUGUAUUGUCAGUUGAUGCAGUCCAAGGGCUAUUUAAUGGUUUUAUACCUUUCAUUUUAUAUUCAUGUGUACACUGUUGGGUUUAAUUCUUUUGGGAUGUCUUUCUGCUCUACUUUUUAUUGUUCUAUGACCCCUUAAAACACUUCUCUUGCAUUUUUGAAUUUAUUGGUUGAAGUGAACAUAAUGUUCAAAUCCUGUGUGUUCUGCCACUGCUGCAUGACACGACCGACUGUAGGGCAGAGUCGUCUUUCUGCUUUUUGCCUCAUUUUUACCAUCAGAAUGUCCUAAGUUCAAUUCUGUCACGUUGCCCUUCUAGCCCUUGUGUUGAUAUCAUUUUAGCAUUCUAGGAAGAGAAUUCAAUGUUCAAAGGAAGGAAGUACCUCCAGUUUUAAUUUUUGUGAUUGUUGUUCAAGGCUUACAAAUUAACUGUGACCCCACCGGCUUGCAUGGUGCGAUGUGCCGUGUUCUGUGCACGCGUCCCGUCGAGCUUCAUCACUGCGACUUUGUACAGGCAGACAUCUCCUUUACAUUUACACCCAAAUAACUGGGCUGGUCUCUUCUAUCUCUUUCAUUGGGGGGUUUGGUUUAAUACUUAAAAUACAAAUAUUGUACUCACUGCAGUGACAUCUCUAUGUUGCUGUCGUGACUUACAGUAAGUCUCUGAAAAAAUGAACCUCUGCUAGGAUCGAGUCAUUUUCAACAAGAAGCACUUCACUUUUUUUGAAAGCGCAUUUUACAACUGUGUAGAAUUUGUGCCACUUUCAAGAACAGAUUUUGUACCUUUGUUUCUGUCUUUUCAGAGCAAUACUAUAUUGGCUGCAUUUUGUUUUGUAAAAUGAAAAUGUCAAGAAAAAUACUUAAAUAAAUGGGGGG